AUGCGUGCGCCCCGGCGGGCAGCCGCGGCGGCGUGCUCCAUCCUCACCCUGCUCCUGGCGCUGCGGGCCCAGGUGACUUUAGCGUCAGGACAGUUCGAGUUGGAGAUCUUAUCCAUGCAAAAUGUGAAUGGUGAACUGCAGAAUGGAAAUUGCUGCGAUGGCACCCGAAACCCAGGAGAUAAAAAAUGCACCAGAGACGAGUGUGACACCUAUUUUAAAGUUUGCCUGAAGGAGUAUCAAUCGCGGGUCACUGCUGGCGGUCCUUGCAGCUUCGGAUCCAAAUCCACUCCUGUCAUCGGAGGAAAUACCUUCAAUUUAAAGUACAACCGGAAUAAUGAAAAGAACCGGAUCGUUAUCCCCUUCAGCUUCGCCUGGCCGAGAUCCUACACGUUGCUUGUCGAGGCGUGGGAUUACAAUGAUAACUCCACAAACCCCGACCGCAUCAUCGAGAAGGCGUCGCACUCGGGCAUGAUCAACCCCAGCCGGCAGUGGCAGACGCUCAAGCACAACGCGGGCGCCGCGCACUUCGAGUACCAGAUCCGCGUCACCUGCGCCGAGCACUACUACGGCUUCGGCUGCAACAAGUUCUGCCGGCCCAGGGACGACUUCUUCACCCACCACACCUGCGACCAGAACGGCAACAAGACCUGCCUGGAAGGCUGGAUGGGACCAGAGUGCAACAAAGCUAUUUGUCGUCAGGGAUGUAGCCCCAAGCAUGGUUCUUGCACAAUUCCAGGAGAGUGCAGGUGUCAGUAUGGAUGGCAAGGCCAGUACUGUGAUAAGUGCAUUCCACACCCGGGAUGUGUCCAUGGCACUUGCAUUGAACCAUGGCAGUGCCUCUGUGAAACCAACUGGGGUGGUCAGCUCUGUGACAAAGAUCUGAACUACUGUGGAACCCACCCGCCCUGCCUGAAUGGUGGUACCUGCAGCAACACCGGCCCUGACAAAUACCAAUGUUCCUGCCCUGAGGGCUACUCAGGACAGAACUGUGAAAUUGCGGAGCACGCCUGCCUCUCCGACCCUUGUCACAACGGGGGAAGCUGCCUCGAGACAUCCACGGGAUUUGAAUGUGUGUGUGCUCCUGGCUGGGCUGGACCAACCUGCACUGACAAUAUUGAUGAUUGUUCUCCAAAUCCCUGUGGUCAUGGAGGAACUUGCCAAGAUCUAGUUGAUGGAUUUAAGUGUAUCUGCCCACCUCAGUGGACUGGCAAAACGUGCCAGCUAGAUGCCAAUGAAUGUGAGGGCAAGCCCUGUGUUAAUGCCAACUCCUGCAGGAACCUGAUUGGCAGCUACUACUGUGACUGCAUUACUGGCUGGUCUGGCCACAACUGUGAUAUAAAUAUUAACGACUGUCGUGGACAAUGUCAGAAUGGAGGAUCCUGUCGGGACUUGGUUAAUGGUUAUCGGUGUAUCUGUUCACCUGGCUAUGCAGGAGAUCACUGUGAGAAAGACAUCAAUGAAUGUGCAAGUAACCCUUGCAUGAAUGGGGGUCACUGCCAGGAUGAAAUCAAUGGAUUCCAAUGUCUGUGUCCCGCUGGUUUCUCAGGAAACCUCUGUCAGCUGGACAUAGAUUAUUGCGAGCCAAAUCCGUGCCAGAACGGCGCCCAGUGCUUCAAUCUUGCCAUGGACUAUUUCUGUAACUGCCCUGAGGAUUACGAAGGGAAGAACUGCUCCCACCUGAAGGAUCACUGCCGCACCACUCCGUGUGAAGUAAUUGACAGCUGCACUGUGGCAGUGGCUUCCAACAGCACACCCGAAGGGGUUCGCUACAUCUCUUCCAACGUUUGUGGUCCUCACGGGAAGUGCAAGAGCCAGGCAGGUGGAAAAUUCACCUGUGAAUGCAACAAAGGAUUCACCGGCACCUACUGUCAUGAGAAUAUCAAUGACUGUGAAAGCAACCCCUGUAAAAAUGGUGGCACUUGCAUUGAUGGCAUCAACUCCUACAAAUGCAUUUGUAGCGAUGGAUGGGAAGGAACAUAUUGUGAAACAAAUAUUAAUGACUGCAGUAAAAACCCUUGCCACAAUGGAGGAACUUGCCGAGACUUGGUCAACGACUUCUUCUGUGAAUGUAAAAAUGGGUGGAAAGGAAAAACUUGCCACUCCCGUGACAGCCAGUGCGAUGAGGCGACGUGCAACAACGGGGGGACGUGCUACGACGAGGGGGACACUUUCAAGUGCAUGUGUCCUGCAGGAUGGGAAGGAGCCACUUGUAACAUAGCGAGGAACAGCAGCUGCCUGCCAAACCCCUGUCACAACGGUGGUACCUGUGUGGUCAGCGGGGACUCCUUCACUUGUGUCUGCAAGGAGGGCUGGGAAGGACCCACGUGCACCCAGAACACAAAUGACUGCAGUCCCCAUCCUUGUUACAACAGUGGCACUUGUGUGGAUGGAGAGAACUGGUACCGCUGUGAGUGUGCUCCAGGCUUCGCCGGGCCCGACUGCAGGAUCAACAUCAACGAAUGCCAGUCCUCGCCCUGUGCCUUUGGAGCCACGUGUGUGGAUGAAAUUAACGGGUACCGUUGCAUUUGCCCCCCGGGUCGCAGUGGUCCAGCAUGCCAAGAAGUUACAGGAAGGCCUUGCAUUACCAGUGCUCAAGUCAUUCCAGAUGGGACUAAGUGGGAUGACGACUGCAAUACCUGUCAGUGUCUGAAUGGAAAAGUCACCUGUUCUAAGGUUUGGUGUGGCCCUCGGCCCUGUGUGCUGCACGGCAAGGGCCCUGGCGAGUGCCCUGCUGGCCAUGCCUGUGUCCCUGUGCGGGAUGAUCACUGCUUCACCCGCCCGUGUGCCGCCAUGGGGGAGUGCUGGCCCUCCAACCAGCAGCCUGUGAGGACCAAGUGCAACUCAGACUCGUACUACCAGGACAACUGUGCCAACAUCACCUUCACCUUUAACAAAGAAAUGAUGGCCCCGGGCCUUACCACAGAGCAUGUUUGCAGUGAAUUGAGGAAUCUGAAUAUUCUGAAGAAUGUUUCUGUUGAAUAUUCCAUCUAUAUUACCUGUGAGCCUUCCCACUUGGCAAAUAAUGAAAUCCAUGUUGCUAUUUCUGCAGAGGACAUUGGGGAGGAUGAAAACCCCAUCAAAGACAUCACAGAUAAGAUCAUCGACCUCGUCAGUAAGCGCGACGGGAACAACACGCUGAUCGCGGCUGUCGCCGAGGUCAGGGUGCAGCGGCGGCCGGCCAAGAGCAAAACAGAUUUCCUGGUGCCCUUGCUGAGCUCGGUGCUGACAGUAGCCUGGAUCUGUUGCCUGGUCACCGUGUUUUACUGGUGCAUCCGAAAGCGCCGGAAGCAGAGCAGCCACACCCACACGGCCUCUGACGACAACACCACCAACAACGUCAGGGAGCAGCUGAACCAGAUCAAAAAUCCCAUUGAGAAACACGGAACAAAUACUGUCCCCAUUAAAGACUACGAAAACAAAAACUCUAAAAUCGCCAAAAUAAGGACACACAACUCCGAGGUGGAGGAGGAUGACAUGGACAAGCACCAGCAGAAGGCCCGAUUUGCCAAGCAGCCAGCCUACACUUUGGUAGACAGAGAUGAAAAGCCCCCCAACAGCACCCCUACAAAACACCCAAACUGGACAAAUAAACAGGACAACAGAGACUUGGAAAGUGCACAAAGCCUAAAUCGGAUGGAGUACAUCGUAUAG